CGCGUACGUGCGUGCGUCCGUACGUGCAUGUAAUACAGCAUGCUCGUUCACACUGUAUGGACAAAUUUAAGAUGUGGUUAUUUUCAUGUAUUUAAAAGGGAACGCCUCGUUAUCUAUGUAAAAAUCAGUGACAUUCUACACCUCACGUUUGGUCGAGUUAAUUAUUAUACCGUUAUAUUAUGACAGAGUUUUUCACUAAACUGUAUGUAGUAAAUAACUAAAUGAAAAUAGCCAUCGAGGACCAAGCGUCUUGACCCUCGCCAUAAGGGUUGGACUUGUAGUUGUUUAAAUAUUCUGUACGUUAAUUUAAACCAGUGAAGCCAGCCUGACUUUCGAUUUUAAAAAGAAGGGUGACACCUUUUCUUUGGUUUCCUUUGGCAAAGAUAACGAGUAUAGCCCAACGAUGUUAUUGGUUUAUUCUAAAUGGUUAAAUAAUACAAAUAAUACGCGAGGAAACAAUUUUAAUUUUUGUACUUUAUUUUCCAAAUGAUUUCUAUGUAUGUGCUGGUAGAACCGAUUACCGACUGCUGGGAUGUGAAGACACGCCAGAACCAGAGCAGUGACGGCACGUACAAGAUCGACUCACCAGCCGGGGGUCAGAUGAACGUCAGGUGUGACAUGACCACGGACAAUGGCGGCUGGCUCACCUUCGUCAGGCGGGUCCGGGGUGGUGUCGACUUCAACAGGUCGUGGGAAGACUACAAGAACGGAUUUGGCGACCUCGCAGGAGAUUUCUGGUUGGGAAAUGAGUUUGUACACAUGUUCACGGCAGCAAAGAAUGUCGAGAUGCGGGUCGACUUGAGUGAUUGGAAGGGUAACCACGCCUACGAGUUGUACGACAGCUUACUCGUGGACGACGAGACCAACAACUACACCAUCCAUGUCGGAAACUACACGGGGGACGUUAGAGACUCGUUUCGGAAUGCAUACGUCAGUCUUUACCACUGGGUUCGACUGGGUUCCCAUAACAUGUUCUUGGUCUUUGUCGACCAGCGUCGCAAGACGUUUUGGCGUGCAUCGAAACACGAUACAGAAUUUGUGGCGACGUUACCAACAGCAGGACAACACCAGAGACAGGCCACGUUCAGGUCGCCCGCGUGUGACGUCACAAGCACAGGACAACCAUAUUCGGGUAACACAUCUUCUGAAUCGAUUUCGGGCGGCAACUUUGACAGCCAGAACCAUCCCUGGGUUGAGAGUAAUCAGUGCCAGGACAGUUCGCAACCGUUUAAUCAGGCCGCGACGCCCAGCAAUACGUCCUAUUCUGCUACGGCGUCACCGAAAUGCGCGUCUAGCAUGGAGUAG